GAGCGACGGGCGGCCAAGCGUGUUUCCGAAAGCGCUCUCCCGCGCUACGAAAGCUGCGUUCUUUAUUCGAAAAUUCAAAAAGUAUUCCUGACAAUUCGUGCAGUUUAUUUUUAAAGUUUUAAUUAUUCACAAAUUACUUUUUAUUAAAAAUUAAGUUGUUUAUAGUACGCACAGUGAUUGAUUUUAAAUAAGUGCUUGCAAAAGUUUGAAAAUAAAGAAAUAGUUUUAACAAUAAAAACUAUAAAGAAUAACGGAUGGGAAAGAAGUGUUUUAUGUGACAGUGAUAAAAAAGUGUUAACUGAUAAUAAAACUUUGACAAAGAACUUUUCUGAAUAAGUAACGAAUUGAGGAAAAGCGAUCCCUGGUGUAACCCACGCGUUUUUCAUCUAUAAAGACAUUAAAAGAUAUUAUGCACCAUGGAGGACUACAAUGCAACUUUCGAAGAGAUGAUGAAUACCUCGGAACCUUACCAACCUUACUACGAGCGACCCGAGACGUACAUCGUGCCACUCAUAUUUGCCCUCAUCUUCGUCAUCGGUGUAGUUGGCAACGGUACACUUGUGGCCGUCUUCGUACGCCACAAGGCUAUGCGGAAUGUGCCUAAUACGUACAUUCUCUCCCUGGCUCUAGCCGAUCUGUUGGUCAUCAUCACAUGCGUUCCCUUCACCUCGAUCGUGUACACCGUGGAGUCCUGGCCUUGGGGCGACACCGUCUGCAGAGUCUCUGAAGCUGCUAAGGAUGUCAGCAUUGGCGUGUCAGUUUUCACGUUGACAGCCCUAUCUGCGGACCGCUACUUCGCUAUCGUUGAUCCCCUAAGGAAGCUACAUGCUACUGGUGGCAGCAAGCGAGCCACCAGGCUGACAGUGGCCACAGCCAUAGGCAUAUGGCUGCUUGCUGCUCUGCUCGCCACUCCUGCCUAUGUCGGCUCCUAUCUCCGGGCUUUCGUCGUCAACCCUACCACUCAGUUCCUGGUCUGCUACCCGUACCCCCCGGAAUGGGGAGACAGCUACCCGCGGACGAUGGUGCUGAUACGCUUCCUGGUCUACUACUCACUCCCAUUGGCCGUCAUAGCACUGUUCUACGUGCUGAUGGCGCGACACCUCGUGCUUAGCACGCAGAAUGUCCCUGGCGAGAUGCAGGGUACACAAAGACAGAUGCGAGCUCGAAGGAAAGUGGCGGUGACGGUGCUUGCUUUCGUGCUAGUGUUUGCGGCGUGUUUCCUGCCAUCACAUGUCUUCAUGAUGUGGUUUUACUACUGCCCGACAGCCCAGCUGGACUACAACGGCUGGUGGCACGGACUGCGAAUCGUGGGCUUCUGUCUCUCCUUCCUGAACAGCUGCGUCAACCCCAUCGCGCUGUACUGCACCAGCGGCAUCUUCAGGAAACACUUCAAUAGAUCGUUCGUCUGCAGGUACCUGCUGUGUCGGCACACGUCCACACACGGCCAACGAGGUUCCAUGUCUCUCUCGACCUCCAGGAGGCUUCACUCCAGCAGGAAGACCAAUAUCAGCAUGGUGCCUAGGACGACAAGUGUUGGCCGAGAGAGCAGCAUUCGCCUCCUGAACAAUGGAACAUCAAAACUCUGAGGUCGGAAUGGCCGAUUUCCGGCCAAUAAUAAUCAAGAACGAACGAAAGAAAACUACAGCAAAAGCCUCAUUUUCAAAAAUGACCGCAACGCACCUUUCCCGAAGUGUUGCGAGGCAGAUAAUGGGGUCAAGCACGUCGAAACUAACAUAGAUUGUAAUAUUAGCACUGAAAGCUUCUUCUUGCCACUGGAUAGCUAUAGGUCAAGUUAAUGUGUCAAUUUAUUUUGUGAACUAGGGAACAAUCGGAAGUUAAACUUACUAGUUUAUCCGAAAUACUUUUCGGAUAAAAAAGCUGAGGAUAAAAACUUGAAGGUCAAAUACCUAUAGUUGGCGGCACUGUUUAGUGUUCCUAAAUUUUGACAGUUCUCCAUACUGUCCAGCUAAAAUUCGUGAUAAAUUGCUAUAAAAUAUGGACCAACGUGGAGUGCAUCCCGUCUGAAGGAUGAGCUACGAAAAAAAAAUGCAUCAGUUGGAAAAAGGCAGUUUUUAUUGAAAAUAAAUUCUAAGUUUUCUACUUUCCGAUCUUUAGGUAAUAAAUAAUUAUAUUAACACUGUGAUUUACAAUUAAACGCUGCGCAUUUGCGCACAGUUGUAUUGUAUAAUUAUAGAACCAAACAAAUUAUAACCAAAAAAUAUGUUUGUUUACUCAAAUACUCAAAUAGUACCUAUGGAGAAAUGUCAAAAUUUAAGAACAACAGUAGCGACACGUAAUGGCAGAAAUAGGCAGUUUUGAUCCUCAAAAAUGAGAACAGGAACUUUUUACAAUGACACCCGAUACACAGAUUGAAAAUCAAUUUUAUUUUUUAGCAAGUUUUACCAAACGUUCUAUAAACAUUUUUGACAUAAAGUCGAAUGUUUAUUGAAUUUAUUUUUAGGAGGAAUUAAUGUCAAAAUUCUAGGGAUCAACAAUUGCGAAUUACUUACAUUAACACCCACCUAUUUACUAAUAUUUUAUCGAAUAUCAUUUUCUUCCAGCAAACAUGUCAUUUUAGGACAUAAGUCUUAAUCUAAGUGUACAAAGUAUUAAAUGCAAAAACUACCUAUUAAAAUUACUUUAUAUAAGUACCUAGGUAUAUGUAAUGAAUGAGGAACUUUCCAGGCUUCGUUCCCCAAAAAUAAUGUGACGGAUUGACAAUGUUACAUCACAUAAACUCCGCAACCAGAAAGUUCUCGAAUGUUAUAGUAAAAUCCUCAUUUCUCUUAGCGCCAUCCUUUUCUGGCGCAUAGCAGCGUCCUUGUCUUUCUUUACAGGAAUAGUCAAGGAGGUUUCACCCGAGAUUAUUCGAGAAAGGGGUCGACAAUUCUAGACCAUAAGGUAUAUGUAUAAGUCUAAAGCAAUCGAAGCAAGAAGUGGAGAAGUGAAAGUAAAGAAAUAGUGGAAGAGAAGUAACAGUGUUUAAGUCAAGUGCAGUGUUUAGUGCAGUGUUCAAGUGUCGCUUAAGUGCGAAAUAAAGUGAAGUGACGGUAACGAAGUUAAACCGCGUAACUGCGUAUAAAUGCUGUACCUACCGUGUAUGUAGAGAAUAAAUUCGUUUUCCCUUGGACUUAGUGUUUCCUUCCAAUCACGAAACCCACUUCCGUAACAAUAAUAUAGAUAGCGCUGUUGAGAUUUAACGUCUAUUUUCUCAUUACUCGGGUAGGUACAUACUUAUUCAAGAAUACAGAAAAAUAUUGUUGCUUGAUAUUUGGAUCACAUUAUGUAUAGAAUUCCUCCACCAACCCGCAGUGGAGCAGCGUGGUGGAGUAUGCUCCAUACCCCCUCCGGUUGAUUGAGGGGAGGCCUGUGCCCAGCAGUGGGACGUAUAUAGGCAGUUUAUGAUGUAUAGAAUUAUGUUUUUACGUAUUAUUUAUUAUAUUUAUUUAGAUUAUUAUAAUAAUUAUGAGUGGAAGAUGUAAUUGUGCCAGGGUGUAUUAAAAACGGUCAUCAUUUAUACCCAAAAACAAAGGUAAAAGAAUUAUGUCUGUUAUCCAUGAUAUUAGAAGCUUAAACGAAGGAAAAUCUUUACAAUGUCAUCUAUAUUAUUUUUGAGGGACACGAAACACGAAAAUCCAAUAUUUCUUCAUUUCGUGGCUUCUAAUUUCAAAUUCAUUUCGUGUUCUUUGCAUUUAACGCUUCACAUGACCAGCAAUAACACGUAAAACUAACACAUCGUAAAAACUGUAGUUAAAUAAACAAUGAAUCGAUUUAUCGAGGAGAAACACAUUAAGGGAUUUAUUUCGGCUUUAGGUGUGCUAUAUACUUAUAGAUUUCACUACACCAAAGGCCCGUGUCACUUCUUCUUCUAUCGUGUGGGGUUGUGAGAUGAAUUCUCAACCUCGUCAACCCUGGUGUCAGGGUUAUUAUUGAGCCGCCAAAGGCCCCUGACACGGCUCAUGUAACGAUUACGCACUUACGUAGCCUGGAAAGUUUUUCAUUGGGGAAACUUAAUAUUGAAGAGCUUUAUAUCUUCUUCGAGGUUUCUUCAUAUGUUUUCCUUCAGUGUUAAGGAAGUGAUACUUAGUACCUACAUACAUUUAGAUACGGCCCACCGCUGGGCACAAGUCUCCCAAUUAAUCGGUUAGGGGAGAGAGCUUACUGCUGCAUUACUCCAUCCCUGCCUAGCACCUACCUAUGUAAUUAUAACAUCUGUUUAGAUUUAAUACUUUGUAAAAAUGUUGUUUAAAUAAUAUACAUUUGUAAUAAUUAUAAUUGUACAUAAUGGGUAUGGAAUUUUACGCAGAUAAAAUAAAGACACGUACCUAAUGUAACAAAAACAUAAUAACUUCGGUUUCGGUAGAUGAACAUGUAAAUAUAACAUAAUAAUAAUAAAAUAAAUAAAAUCCUUUACAUAUGCGUUAAUAUUAUUAAAUAAGUGUUAUAGUAUUUAAUUAUUGUUAAGUACCUACCUAUACGUUUUCCACAUUUAUUAGUUCUCGGUCGCAAA